AAUGGUAACAGAUUUGGCUUUGUGCGUUUUCUGGAUGUCAAAGACAAAAAGGAGCUGGAAAGGAAGCUUGAUUAGAUCUGGGUUGGUGACCGUAAAUUGUGGGUGAACAUCCCACGUUUUGAUGCUAUGCAAAAAAAGGAGAUGGAGCGCAGAAAUCCCCAAGGAGAGGACUUGAGAAUUCCUCAAAAUCCUUGGCCAAUCAUUCAAGGAAGAAGCUUUGCUGAUGUGGUGAAAGGUUCGCGAGGCUCAGAUAGUAGAAUGGUUUGGCAAAAGAAAGGACUAGGGGAGAACUGGCAAGGCAUGGAGUAUAAGGUAACAUCUAAAGAUUGUGCAUGGCUUGAGGGAACUUAUGUGGGAAUAGUCCAUUCUGUUGAGAUGGUCAGGAACCUACAAGAGAAAUUCUACAUGGAGGGAUACUUUCAUUGUCGAAUCCGAGCCACGGGGGGUAAGCUGGUGCUGCUGGAUUGUGAAGACAAAGAGGAGUUGAAGGACCUAGUGGAGAUGGCUUCGGAAUGGCUAGGACAAUGGUUCGAAGAGGUACAACCGUGGUCUCCAAAUAAGAUAGCUCAAGAGAGGCGCCAUAUCAAGAUCAAUGGCUCGAUUUACAAUUUAAGGUUCUCAGAGGAGGAAUUCACCAAUAGCUUUUUCUCAUUAAAACAGGAUUUUAUCCCAUCCCUUCAGAGUGAUUCAGAAGAAAAUGAAUCAUGGUCGAUAGAAAGUUUCGAGGGUGAUCAUGAUUUCCAGGAUGUAGGCGGAAUAAGGCAAUCCGUGGAUGAGCCCGGAGGUGCAGAUGGUGAAGAAGAUGCAGUGGAGAGACACACAAGGGAAACCAACGGUAAAAUCCAACUCCAAGACCCACAAGACGGUGACAGGACAAUGGAUGCAGUGCCUGACAGCAUAGAAAAUUUUGAAAAUUUUGAAUUUUCAAAGGAUGGUGAGAACAGAGCAUGGGUAACGGGAAUGGCUCAAAAAGGGGGGAAUGUUGUUUCUAAUGUAGGAUCCAAAAAUGAGGAAAGCUGUCUUUUGGGCUUGGUGGAACAUAAUAACAGGAAAUCAUAUGGAGAGGUUUUUAAAAAAAGAGUUGGGUCAGAUCGUGGCCCAAAUUGUGAGGAUUCCGUUUCUAUACCCCUGGGCCAAGAUACAAUGGAGGGAGUAAGCCCACUUUUUAUUGGAAGGAAGAUUUUUAGUGGGAAUGAGAUAGAGUGCUCUAGUCAAAGAGUCGGUGAAAGAAGGGCUAGUUUUGGGAGAAGCUCGGGGAGCGAUGAGGGGAGUGUCGAUGAUGGGGGGCAGAGGCGUGUAGUCGGAUCACAAAAGAAAAGGAAGAUGAAGCUGAGAACUUGCAGAUCUAUAUACUUGCAGGAUGUCUCGGUGCAGAGGAAGCAGAGAAGGAAAAAGGGGCAAGGUCGCCGGAGCAAGCAGCCAUCGGGGAGGCAGAUUUUGCCAGAAUUUAUAGCUAGUCCAAUUGGUGCAGUAGCAGGCGAAUCUCACUUAGGAGCGACGGCAGAGUGUGAUGAGGAGGUGAUCUGCAGAAUUGAUGAAAUGGAGAAAAGAGAUAGCCUAGCCAAAGCUGACACGGAGAAGAAGGCAACAGGGGGUGUGAAGAAGGGUGUACCGGUUUAUAUUCUAAACAUUUAUUCUCCAUGUGAAUUGUCUGGAAAGAGAGCUCUGUGGGAGGAGUUGCAGAAUCUGAUCUCAAAUAGGAAAGGCAACUGGUGUUUAGGGGGGGACUUUAACACUGUCCGGAGCUCAAGGGAACGGGCAGGGUGCAAUGGGAUGUCCAGAGAAAUGAAAGAUUUUGAUAGUUUCAUCACCGAAUCUGGGUUGGUGGAUUUGCCUAUGGCAGGGAGGAAGUACACCUGGUAUAAUGCUAAUGGUAUGAGCAGGAUUGACAGAUUCCUGGUUUCAGAGGAUUGGCUUUUGAGAUGGUGCGAUGUAAAACAGUGGGGGUUAGAAAGAACAGUUUCAGACCACUGUCUUGUUUUAUUGAAGUACGAGCGGGUGGACUGGGGACCAAACCCUUUCAAGUUUUUUUAUGCUUGGUUGCAAGAUCCUGGAAACUCAGGGACAGAGGUGGAUAGGAAAAUAAUGGAAGCUGAGAGAGUGAUAGCCCAACUGGACGAAAGAGGAGAGAAUGUUCAAUUGUCACCUUCCGAUAUUGAAAAGAGGAGAAGUAGCUUUCUUGAACUGUGGAAGAACCUCAAAUUAAAAGAGAACAUGUGGCAGCAAAAAUCAAGAUUGAUGUGGUUAAAAGAAGGUGAUGCAAACACCAAAUUUUUUCAUAGGUGUGUGAAGGGAAGAUGGAGAAAAAACGAAAUCAACAGCAUCCAAAUUAACGGUGAACAGCAUAAGGGCGUGGGUGAAAUUAAAGAAAAAAUGGUGGGUUAUUUGGAGCAGCUUUUUACAAAAGAUAGGUGGCAGAGACCCAAGUUAGAUGGUAUCAGCUUCCGACAGAUUGACGGGGCAGACAACGAAUCCCUCAUGGCAGCAUUCUCGGAAGAAGAAAUCAAAAAUGCUGUUUGGGAUUGUGAAUCGUCAAAAACUCCAGGCCCAGAUGGAUUUAAUUUAAAAUUUGUGAAGUGCAUGUGGGAAGAUAUAAAAACGGAGAUUGCAGGUUUUAUUAGAGAGUUCCAAGAACAAGGAAGGCUUGUAAGAGGAUCAAAUGCUUCUUUCAUAACUCUAAUUCCGAAGGUAGAAAACCCCCAUAAGAUUGAAGAAUACAGGCCCAUUUCACUUAUCGGAAUUAUGUACAAGAUAAUUGUGAAGCUAUUAGCAAAUCGCCUCCGAAAAGUGCUGGACAAAAUUAUUGGGGAGCAACAAAUGGCAUUUAUCGAAGGUAGACAGUUGGUUGAUGGUGUGGUUAUUGCUAAUGAAGUGAUUGAUGAGGCGAAGAGGAAAAAGAAGAGAAGCUUCCUUUUCAAGGUCGACUUUGAAAAAGCAUACGAUAAGGUGUGCUGGGACUUCCUAGACUAUAUGCUGAUGAGGAUGGGCUUCUGCAAUACUUGGAGAAUGUGGAUACAUGAGUGUCUACAAUCCAGCACGAUCUCAGUUCUGGUCAACGGAAGCCCUUCUAAACAAUUCUCAGUUAGCAAGGGACUUCGCCAAGGAGACCCUUUAUCUCCCUUCCUAUUCCUGAUAGUAGCGGAAGGACUGAAUGGUUUAAUGUCUUCCGCAGUUGAAAAAGAGUUAUAUAAGGGCGUGACAGUUGGCAAGGAUGCAGUUAUGAUCACCCACCUUCAAUUCACAGAUGAUACCAUCUUUUUUGGGGAAGCAACAGAAAACAACAUCAUGGUGAUUAAAAGUAUAAUGAGGACUUUUGAGCUGAUCUCCGGAUUGAAAAUUAAUCUACAAAAGAGCCAACUUAUGGGCAUCAAUGUCGAAGACGGUUGGGGAAGCAAAAUGGCCUAUAGAUUAUGCUGCAAAAAAGGGGAAUUUCCAUUUAAAUACCUGGGAAUUCCCAUUGGGGGAAGCCAUAGAAGGCUCACAAUGUGGCUAGCAGUAAAGGAGGAUGGUUUAUGGAGGAGAGUGAUUGCAAGCAAAUAUGGUGAGGGAGGGGGGCACUGGAUGGAUUGGGUUAGGAAUGGAGCAGGGGCUUGUUCUUCUUGGUGGAGAGAUGUCAGAAGGAUUGAUAAUGUAGAAGGGGAAAUUACAAGGAAAGGAGAAAGAGUGCUGCCAAAUGGGAACUAUGUGCAAUGGAACGUGGAAAUGGAAUCUUACUUGGAGAAGGAAGCUGUUCGAAAGGGAAGAAGAGGCAGCAAAGGAAGCUGUACGGUGAUUGAGGGUGUGAAGAUUGCUCUUGGCCAACCUGAUGAAUGGGAGUGGAUUCACAGCAAGGAUUCCCGUUACUCAACCAAAACAGCGUACUCACUCUUGACAAAGGUACCGAGGUGUCCAACUCAAGAAAAGGUCUUCAAGAGAGUAUGGAACCCCAACCUGCCAACCAAGAUCUCUGCUUUCAACUGGAAACUGCUGCUCAAUAGACUGCCAACCAAAUCUAAUUUGUUGAAAAGAGGAUUUGGCGUAAUCAUGGGCGAUGGCAAUUGCAACCUGUGUCAAGAAGAGGAAGAAGACGCAACCCAUCUGUUUCUGAAAUGCAAAAAUGUAAGAUGGAUAUGGAAGGAGUGUGAUAGGUGGUGGGGGAUCAAUAUAGAGACACAAGAGGACUGUUGGAAGACAUUUGAACAUCCUGGGGCGUGGACCAGAAACACGAGGAUCAGAAAAGGAUGGGAUUGUACCUGGAGUGCAAUAGUAUGGUCUAUAUGGCUGAUGCAGAAUCAAAGGAUCUUCCAGAACCAAGAGAUGGACCCGGGUGGAUUAAUUCUCGUCAUGGGUAUUGUGUCGACACUUUGAGAGGGUGUCGACACCUUGCUAUCAAGUAUAAGUAGGCUUCUCAAACAGUUUUGUUAAGGGUUUGGGGUACUCCUUAUACUCCGUUUUAUUAAUAUAUAUAUCCUUUGCUG